AUGACGCGUCCUCCUCACUCGGCUCCUCUUGAUGAUGUCGUUCAUUCUGGUACAGGUUACAUCAAGGCUCUGAUGAAAGCAUCCUCUCUGUGGUUGGGCGCCAAUGUCGCCAUCAGUGAUGAAGGCAGCACGUGGGCUGACGGAGCCUCGUUCACUUACGUCCACUCGACUUCAGGUACCCCCGAUGGAAAUUGUCUUUCCUUCCUCACUGGCAACGGCAACUGGCACUACGACUCGUGCAACAAGAAGAGAGGUUACGUCUGCAAGAAAAGAGGAAAUGUAAAGGCUACGCCGGCUCCUGAGUCCAACAAGUGUGCUCCCGGGUGGCUCGAGCACGACUCCAGCUGCUACAAGAAGGAGGUGGUGACGCCCAACGGUUGGCUGGGGGCCUGGCACCACUGCGUCCGGAUGGGCGGCGACCUGCUCUCCAUCACCUCCUCGGCCGAGGAGGACUUUGUGAAGGGCACCAUGGGCGAGGACACCCCCUUCUGGCUGGGACUCUCCAACCAGAAAUGCGACAAGUUCUGGUGUCGCUUUGAAGACGGGAGCCAGAAUCUGACCUGGUCCGAUGGCGAGACAAUGAAUCACACCAACUGGGCCUCAAAUCAACUCGAAAGCGCCGACGUUGCAUCCUGCGCCUACGUCAACCAAGGGGGAAGGGGUGAGCCCGGCAAGUGGCGGUCUGGCUCCUGUCUUUCCUCGUUGGCCUACAUGUGCAAACGGCCGCUGAACUGCUCGAAGUCCUCCGACUGCCACGAAAACACCUUCCACUAUGGCCACUAUUGUUAUCAUUACGAGAAGACGGUUAAAACCUUUGACGAUGCCGAGAAGUUCUGUCUUGCCUGGGGAGGCCGCCUGGCUAGCGUCCACUCCAAGAAAGAGGCCCAAUUUGUGUAUGGUGAGCACCAAGAGGAACCGCCGCAGUCGUCAUUUGACUGA